AUGGUGAAGGCCUACCUCCGCUACGAGCCGGCGCUCUCCUUCGGCGUCAUCGUCUCCCCGCAGUCCAACGUCGUCUACGACCCCUCCGGCCGCCGCCUCCUCGCCGCCGCCCUUGACCGCUUCGCCGCCUGGGACCUCAAGCGCGGCCUCCCCUCCGCCACCUUCACCCCCUCUUCCUCCUCCGCCUCCCUCGCCGUCUCCUGCAUCGCCUCCUCCCCCUCCGCCGCUUCCGCCUCCGCUUCCUCGAUUGCGAGUGGCCAUGCCGACGGGAGCAUCAGGCUGUGGGACGCCGAGACCGGUGCCUGCGAGGCGACGCUCCACGGCCACCGCUCCGCUGCUUCCGCUCUACGCUUCAGUCCCUCAGGCGCCGUCCUUGCUUCCGGCAGCAAGGACUGCGAUGUCAUUCUCUGGGACGUGGUUGCACAGGCCGGCCUCUUCCGACUUCGUGGCCACCGUGAUCAGGUGACCGAUUUACUGUUCCUGGACUCGGGUAAGAAGCUAGUGACCUGCUCCAAGGACAAGUUUAUGCGGGUCUGGGACCUCGACACGCAGCACUGCCUUCAAAUUGUGGGUGGCCACCACAGCGAGAUAUGGUCCAUGGAUGUUGACCCCAGCGAGAAGUUUUUGGUCUCUGGGUCGGCCGAUCCGGAGCUGCGGGUGUUCAGAAUAAGGCAAUCAGCUGAGGAGGGUGAGGGUUGGAACAAAUGGGAUGCGCUGAAGCUGUUUGGCGAGAUUCCGAGGCAGGCCAAAGAAAGGGUUCAGACCAUCAGGUUUAAUAAGGAUGGCACUCUUGUGGUAUGCCAGGUAGCAGGGAAAACUGCAGAUAUCUAUAGGAUUCUUGAUGAGGCAGAGGCGACGCGCAAGGCCAAGAGGCGGCUGCACAGGAAGAAGGAGAAGGCUUCAGCUAAAGCUGUGGUGGCGGAAGGGAAUGGUACUGUUAAAGAUCAAGACUCGCAGAAUCCCACUGUUGUGGUCAGCGAUGUAUUUAAGCUUCUCCAAGUGCUGCGGAGCAGCAAGAAAAUUUGCUCUGUUGCAUUUUCUCCAACCAAUCCACCAAAAGGCUGCCUUGCAACCUUGUCAUUGUCUCUCAACAAUAACGUGCUUGAGACAUACUCGGUGGAUAACGACAAGGUCUCUAAGAUGUACUCGGUUGAGAUACAUGGGCAUCGUUCUGACAUUAGGAGUCUUGCGCUUAACUCAGAGGAUAACCUCCUCAUGUCAACAAGUCACAAUGCUGUUAAAAUCUGGAAUCCUAGUACAGGGGACUGUCUUCGGACCAUUGACUCUGGAUAUGGGCUGUGCAGUGCAUUUGUUCCUGGGAAUCGUUAUGGCCUUGUCGGUACAAAGACUGGUACCUUGGAGAUCAUUGAUAUUAAUAGUGGGAACUCAGUUGAUGUAAUAGAAGCUCAUGUUGGUUCCAUACGAUCAAUUGUACUCAUUCCAGAUGAGGAUGGAACUGUUAAUGCACGGGGUUUUGUCACUGGGAGUGCUGAUAACGAUAUCAAGUUCUGGGAAUACCAGUUGGUACAGAAAUCUGAUUCGGACGCAAGGCAUCUGAGUGUAACAAAUGUGAGAACCUUGAAAAUGAAUGACGAUGUCCUUGCAGUGUCCAUCGGUCCAACUGGGAAGCAUAUUGCGGUUGCUCUUUUGGACUGCACAGUGAAGGUCUUCUUUCUGGACACACUAAAGUUUUGUCUUUCCCUUUACGGCCACAAGCUUCCAGUUCUCUGCAUGGACAUAUCAUCCGAUGGAGCUUUUAUUGUUACUGGUUCUGCAGACAAAAAUCUGAAGAUUUGGGGUAUGGAUUUUGGUGACUGCCAUAAGUCUAUCUUUGCCCACACAGACAGUGUGAUGGAUGUUAAGUUUGUUCCAAGAACUCAUUAUAUGUUCAGCGUGGGAAAAGAUCGUACUGUGAAGUACUGGGAUGCUGAUAAAUUUGAGCUACUGUUAACACUUGAAGGACACCAUGCAGAAGUUUGGUGCCUUGCGAAUAGCAGUCGUGGUAAUUUUAUCGUAACAGGCUCCCAUGAUCGCUCUAUUCGGCGUUGGGAUCGUACUGAAGAACAACUUUUCAUUGAGGAAGAGAGGGAGAAAAGAUUGGAGGAAACUUUUGAGGCUGAUUUAGACAAUGCGGUUGAAGAUAGAUAUGGUAAGAAAGAUGAUGCUCCUGAGGAGGGUUCUGUGGGUGUUCCCGGUAAGAAAACAAAAGAGACAGUAUCUGCUACUGAUGCAAUUAUUGAUGCACUUGACACUGCUGAGGAAGAAGAAAAACGUCUUAAUGAACAGAAGGAAUUACAAAACAGUGGAGAGGGAACUAAAUCUGUGCCUAACGUUAUAAUGCAAGGGCAUUCACCAUCAGAAUAUGUUCUGAAUGCAGUGUCAAAUGUCCGCCCAAAUGACUUGGAACAAGCCCUUUUGUCAUUGCCAUUCUCGGAUGCACUAAAGCUCAUGGCUUACUUGAAGGAGUGGUCUCUGAUUCCUUUGAAGGUUGAGCUUGUUUGUAGGGUUUGCCAUGUGCUGCUUCAAACACAUCAUAACCAAUUAACUACUACACCAGGGGCAAGAUCCAUACUGACAGAACUGAAGGAAAUUCUUUACGGUAGAGUAAAGGACUGCAAGGAUACUAUUGGUUUCAAUCUCGCCGCGAUGGAUCAUAUAAAAGAGUUGUUGGCCAUGAGAUCAGAUGCACCGUUCCGAGACGCCAAGGCGAAGCUGAUGGAGAUCAGGCAGAAGCAGUCAAAGCGGUCAGAUAGGUCGGCCGACGGAGAUAAAAGGAGAAGGAAGAAAGCGAAGACGUCACCUGCACAGAGCUGAUCCUUGAACUAGUGCAGAGGAAGAUUUUCUUUUUUACUUUUAGCUCAGCUAUUGUAGUACACACACACUAUUAUUUGACGUGUUCAUUUCCUGCUGUGAAGAUGAUGAGCACAGCGGAAUUUUGACAUAUGAUGAGUGUAAAAUCAGAAUGCGUGUUUGCUCCAGAAGCUGGUGUCCAUGAAUUAGUGAAGUCCUGGCUGCUUAUAAUGUGUAACCUUGGGCAAAUACAUUUUGACAAUGGCUAGUUCUAUAUUUACGAUAGAAAGCUCUUUAGCA